UUGUUGACAUUAAGUGAGAGUAAUCUACAACACAACCAGGUCCGAUAAACCUGGUCAAACAGCGGAGUACCUGGUCCGAUCUCUUCAAAUAUAGCAGGUGCCAUCCACUUCACAGUCAGCUCUCCGUCGACACCGCAGCAACAUGAGCCGAACCUGUUGCGAGAAAAGUUCGGCUCAACCCCCAGAAUGAGCAGCACGGUUUCCUCUUUCCGGCGCGGCGGGCGGAUUUUCGCUGGAGGGCUCCAUUCCGGCUGGCUGGACCAUCAAAGAGCAUGCAGCAGAGGUGGAGGACGCGAUCCGAGGCAUGAAGGGUGCACAGUCUCGGGCCGUCACGUAUCGACUUCAGGGCCUCGGGUGAUGGACGAGACUGCGUUCUCCGUACUGCUGUCUCGGCUGCGGCCCCUCAUGAGUGGCAAGGCCUUUGAACUGACCACGUCGGCCCUGAAUCAGACGGUGGCGCGAAUGACGGGCUACAUAGGACGCAGUGACGUCGUCAUCUUUGAUCCUCAUGCAGACUACGUUUCCUUCCUGGAAACCGCGAUGGGAGACGGGGACUUAAUUGCCGUCGACCAAGAAGACAACCGAAGGAGUCUGAAGAAGAAAUAGGCGGAGAGGAGCAAGAGGAAGAAGAUGAUGGCACGGACAACAGUGAAGACAGUGAUUAAGUAUGUUAAAUGUUAACAA